ACACUUUGACACUCACAAAGUCGACAGACAGACAGACAGACGGAAAUCCUCUGGUGAUUCGGGACAAAAUGUGGGUUCGAGAUGAGCUGUUGAAGUCCAUCUGGCACGCGUUCACAGCCCUGGAUGAGGAUCACCGUGGAAAAGUGUCCAAAUCUCAGCUCAAGGUGCUAUCUCAUAACCUUUGCACUGUGAUGAAGGUCCCUCAUGACCCGGUGGCCCUCGAAGAGCAUUUCAAAGAUGACAAUGAGGGGCCUCUGUCCAACCAUGGCUAUAUGCCUUAUCUCAGUAGGUUCAUUCUGGACAAGGUACGGGAGGAUUUUGACAUCUUGGAGUUCAACAAGAUGUGCUGGACACUGUGUUACAGGAAAAACAUCUCCCCUCAGCAGCUGCUCAUCUCAAAUGAUGAUGCCUUCAAAGUCUGGUGCAUUUUCAACUUUUUGUCAGAGGAUAAAUACCCACUAGUUAUCAUUGCUGAAGAGAUCGAGUACUUCUUGCGAAAGCUGACUGACGCCAUGGCGAACACGUGGAGUGAGGACCGGUUUACAGAAUACAAGCUUGAACUGAGCGGAAACAAGAACUGCCUGACGGCCUGGGAGCUGAUUGAGCUGGUGGGGGUGCAUUUCUUCAGCAAGAGUCUCAACUGUCAGACUCUGUCAAUGGGCAUCAAUGAGGUCUUCCAGGAGCUCAUCCUGGACAUCCUCAAACAGGGUUACAUGACGAAAAAGGGCCACAAAAGGAAGAACUGGACGGAGCGCUGGUUUGUACUUCGACCCCACUCACUGUCAUAUUAUGUCUGUGAGGAUCUUGUGGAGAUAAAAGGGACGAUUGCUCUAGACAGUGACUGCUGUGUGGAGUCUCUCCCAGAUAGAGAUACAAAGAAAUGCCUUUUUAUCAUCAAAUGUUCUGACAAAAGCUUCGAGAUCAGUGCAUCGGAUAAAAAGAAGAAGCAGGAAUGGAUUCAAGCGGUUCAGACCUGCAUCCAGCUGCGGAGGUUGGGGCUGCCGUCUCCUCACCGUGAGGCCCGGUUGAGGCGGAGGGAGCUCCGACAGAGGCAGCAGGUCGAGGAAGACGACCUCGCACACAGGAUGAAGCAGCUCCAGGCAGCGAAUGACAACAAACAGAGAGAGCUGGAGGCCAUGAGGAAGAAAAUGGGAGAAGCUGCUGCUAAAGCUUCUAUCGAGGAGGAGAGGAGGAGGAAGACGGAGUUAGACCUGCAGGAUCGCUACAGACUGGACCUGGAGAGGGAGAAAAUGGUGCGUCAGCAGAUGGAGGAGCAGGUGGCUCAGAAGUCCAUUGAACUGGAGCAGUACCUGCAGCGUGUCCGGGAGCUGGAGGGCAUGUACCACCAGCUGGAGGAGGCUUUAGAGGACGAGAGACAGGCCAAGCAGGAUGAGGAGGCCAUGCGAAAACUACAGGCCAGACUGCUGGAGGAAGAGGCGGCCAAGAGGGCCGAGCUAGAGCAGAUGCACCUUCAGCAGCAGAGGGCGCUGUCGCAGACCAGAGCCGAGAAGCAGGAGCUGGUGGCUGAACAGCUGGUCAAAGAGAGAGACCUGCAGGCAGCCAUGCAACAGCUGGAGAGACUGGAGAAGGAACGGCAUGGAGCACUGGAGCAGUACGAGGUGGUGACGAGGAAGCUGGAGCGAGCGGCAAACCAGACAAAGACAUGGAAAGAUAAAGUGGCCAAACAUGAAGGACUGGUGCGUCUCAUCCAGCCAGGUCCCAAAGGGCCUCAGAGAAUGACCAACUGGGGUCCAGCUUCUUUCACUGAUGCUGAGCUCGAGAUGAGGAAGAGGUCGUGGCAGGCGAGUAAGAACCAGGGGUCUCAGGGUCUGUGACGCACGGACCGUUUACGAAUGGAGCGUUUACUAAUGACCACGACUGUAACUGAAGAAGAGGUUUGAUAACAUGAACUGACUGCAAAGAAAACUGUGGUUCCAGUUUCAUUUGACUCCUGUUUUAUCCUAAAUUAACUGCUUUUUUUUUUAUCAGCCUUUUAUUAACAACGUGAAUUUAUUUUUUUUAACAUUCAUGUUCUGUUUAGCUGAAUAUUUUUCCUGACUGAGUCUCAGACUUUGUUUUUCAUUGUCUAUGACUGACCUGCUGUUACGCAUAUGUAAUUUCAUCAGGAGCUUUUGACUUAUGUCAUGCAGGUUUUAGCAGCAGAUGUAUGUUUUUUUUUUUUGUUUUUGCUUUUCUUGUUUUCCUGUUUGUUUGUCUUUUUUUCUUACAGCUCAAACAACCCUAAUACUAAAAUAGAACAUGUUCAUCUCUGAAAAUGCCGUGUGUCUCUAUGUUUCUACUUUUAUUUCAUAUUAAAACAUUCACACC